AUGCCGUGGAAACCACCCGUAAUUGGUUCUCGCCCUGUCGCGAUUCUCGGUGCAGGUGUGCUUGGCCGUCGAAUUGCCUGCUCGUGGGUUACAGGGGGUUACAAUGUUGCGAUCCGGGACCCUAGUGCCGAGCAGCGGCAAGCCGCAAUGCAUUAUAUCGACAACAACCUGACUAAGUUCUCCAAAAUCUUUGGUAAUACGGCCAAAAAGCCUGGAGAGUAUGCCGCGUUUGAAGAUUUGGACUCCGCAGUCAAAAAUGCUUGGUUCGCACUCGAGGCAGUUCCUGAAAAGCUUGACCUGAAAAUCUCUACCUUCGGGGAGCUGGCUACGAAAGCUCCUGAUGACUGCAUUCUGGGCUCCAAUUCAUCUUCAUACAAAUCUAGCCUGAUGCUGGACCAUGUGGGCAAAGAAGCUAGAAAGCGGGUGUUGAAUGUGCACUACAUGAUGCCUCCGACCAAUAAAAUUGUGGAGAUAAUGACAAGCACGUACACUCAUGAUGAGAUAUUUCCAUUCUUGGCCCGAAAGCACAAAGAUAUCGGGUUACUGCCUGCAGUAGCCCGUAAAGAAUCUACUGGUUUCAUCAUCAACCGCCUCUGGGCUGCUGUCAAGAGAGAAACAUUGAGCAUACUGGCAGAGGGUGUCAGUGAUCCACAAGAAAUUGACAGAUUAUGGUUAGAAUUUUUUGGACACGGCAAAGCAACUCCAUGCGCUAUGAUGGAUGAAGUUGGCCUUGACACAGUCGCCUUUAUUGAAGAUCACUACGUCCAAGAACGGCAUCUGGAUGGGACAAAUACCGUCCAAUUCCUGCGAGAGAAUUACAUCAAUCAAGGACGCCUCGGCCAUAAGUCAGGAAACGGGGGACUUUACCCUGCUGAUCACGCGGCCAAAUCUGAAGACCAGAAAGAUUUCGACGGGAAUUCCACAGCUCCGAAAUUAUAUGUGCUGGACGUCGGCCUUGGCGAGAAUAUCACCCAUGAUUUCCAGCACGCUGGAAGAAUCAUACUUUCCUCAGCGGAUGGUAAAAAUGCUAAACCGAUUGUCACUGGUCUUGAAGCACCGGAUGGAAUCGAUAUUAGCGUUCCUGAUAACCGUAUCUUCUGGACCAACAUGGGGAUACCAUCAGAGAAUGAUGGAUCCAUUCAAUCAGCUCGACUUGAUGGCUCCGACGUCCAGACUGUCAUUGCGAAAGGAUCUGUGCACACACCGAAACAAAUCUGUCUUGAUCAGGCGAACAAGAAAAUAUAUUUCUGUGACCGUGAGGGCAUGCGUGUUCACAGGGCCAACUUUGAUGGAAGUGAGCAGGAAGUCUUGAUCCAAAGAGGUGAUUUCAGGAACAAAUCAGACAUGGAGGAUCAGACUAAAUGGUGUGUUGGUAUAACUGUCGACCCGAAGAACGGAAAGUUUUAUUGGACCCAGAAAGGUUUCAGUAAAUCCGGAAAGGGCAGAAUUUUCCGGGCCAAUAUCGCCAUGCCGUCUGGCGCAACACCCUCGACGCGCUCCGAUAUUGAGACCGUUUUCGAGAACCUGCCGGAGCCGAUUGAUCUUGAGAUUGAUACCGAGACCGAAAUGCUUUAUUGGACUGACCGGGGUGAAUACCCACUGGGUAAUUCGCUGAAUCGGGGCUAUGUUGGUGACAAACAGAAAGAGAAAACCCACGAGCUCCUUUCACGCCAUCUGCAUGAGGCAAUUGGUCUCAAGUUGGACAAAGUCAACAAGCACAUCUACUUUACGGAUCUGGGAGGCACCGUGUAUCGCACUGAUGCUGAUGGGAAGAAAAAGACCGCGAUUUACACCGGUGAUAACAGUUUCACAGGCAUUUGCCUGGUUCACGAGUGA